GCACCACAUGCGGGCGGACGCUAUCAGUUGAACGCGAACGGGCAUUUGGAUAUAAUCGUGGAUUAUUGAAUGGCAGUAACAACAACAACAAGCAAUAAUUAUCUGUGUAUAGUAGCAGUUGAAGAGGAAGUGCUUGCCUUGUGGUUUAACUAAACGAAUAGAGGAGUAGUAGAUAAUCGCGUUUGUGAAUGUUGAAUGUAUUGCAAAUACAUACAAACCGAAAUAUACAAAUAUACAUAUCUAUCUAUCUAUCUAUUUAGAUAUACAUAUGUAUGUAUGCAAAGUGAAGAGGUUGGAAAGAGCUAAUUAAGUGGGUAUAUAUGUAUUCAGAUACCCACAAAAAAUACAUUUAUACAUACAUAUAUAUAAGUACAAUAUAAAGCGACAUUCAUUGAAGUGCAUACGUCCGAACUGAUUUAUUACACAUAAAUACCUACAUACAUACGUAUGUGUAUAAUUAUGCAAUUUUUGAACAUACAUAUAUGUAUGUGUAUGUGUUUGAAUUAAUUGUGGACUAUUUAAUGGCCAAAGGACUUAAUUAAUUGCAGUCUGAGAAGAUUUUGAAAAGAAAUUAAAAGAAAGUAUACGAAAAGUAAUCAUUUAAACGUACAUAAAAACAUACGUUAUACCUACAGGCUUAUAUAAUAAUAUUCAUAGAAUAUUAUUUUGAAGAAAAUACGAAUGCCUUUGAAAUAAAUUUAAUUGUCGAUUUAAAAAACGUUAAAGUCAAAAAAAAGGAAAAUAUUUCAAAGUUUGUGAAAAGAAAAUUGUGCGUCAAUAUGUCACUGGAAGUUUCUAAGGACAACGUCCUCAUAUCGCCCAGCAGCGUCUUCUAUUUCCUCUUGCUACCCACCUUUCUGCUAUGGCUGACUUAUUGGCGUCUAUCGCGACGUCAUCUCUACCAGUUGGCCGAUCGUUUGCCUGGACCGAAGGGUUUGCCGAUUAUUGGACAUUUGUUGGACUUUUUCGGGCCGGCAUCGUCGGUAUUUAAGACUGUUAUUCGCAAAAGCGCUGAAUUUGAAAAUAUUGCCAAAAUGUGGAUCGGCCCGCAAUUGGUGAUUUUCAUUUACGAUCCGCGUGAUGUUGAAAUAUUGCUGAGCAGCCAAGUCUAUAUCGAUAAAUCAUCGGAAUAUAAGUUCUUCAAACCAUGGCUGGGCGAGGGUUUGCUGAUUAGUACAGGUGCCAAAUGGCGUGCGCAUCGCAAACUAAUCGCUCCGACAUUCCAUUUGAAUGUUCUGAAGAGUUUCAUCGAUCUAUUCAACGAGAACUCACAACAUGUUGUACGUAAAUUGCGUGCGGAGGGUGAAAAGACAUUCGAUUGUCAUGAUUAUAUGAGCGAGGCGACGGUGGAGAUCCUACUGGAAACCGCUAUGGGUGUUUCGAAGGAGACGCAAGAUAAAUCCGGUUACGAGUACGCCUUGGCCGUUAUGAAAAUGUGCGACAUACUGCAUUUACGUUCACGAAGUAUACUCCUACGCAAUGAGUUCCUCUUCACACUCACUAAAUAUUAUCAGGAGCAAGGCAAAUUGCUCAAUAUCAUACAUGGACUCACAACCAAAGUGAUUAAAUUCAAGAAAGCUGCAUUCGCUAACGGUACACGUGGUUCAUUGGCACAGCAGGAAAGGGUAAGCAAGAAGAUUACGCCACCACCAACACCCACCACAUCCGCAGCGGCAGCCGCAGCAGCAGUAUCGCCUGAAAAAGAAACAUCCGUAGAGGGUUUGUCAUUUGGUCAGGCGGAGGGCUUGAAGGAUGAUUUGGAUGUGGAGGAGAAUGAUGUGGGCGAGAAGAAACGUUUGGCCUUUCUCGAUUUACUUUUGGAGAGUGCGCAAAAGGGUGCACUACUCAGUGAUACCGAAAUUAAAGAACAAGUGGAUACGAUUAUGUUUGAGGGACACGACACAACCGCAGCCGGUUCGUCAUUCUUUCUCUCUUUGAUGGGCAUACAUCAGCAUAUACAGGAUCGUGUGAUUGCCGAAUUGGAUGAAAUAUUCGGUGAUUCCGAUAGACCGGCUACAUUUCAAGAUACUUUGGAAAUGAAAUAUAUGGAACGUUGUUUGAUGGAAACGCUCCGCAUGUAUCCACCGGUGCCGUUGAUAGCACGUGAAUUGCAGGAAGACUUAAAAUUGGCAUCGGGUCCAUAUGUUAUACCACGUGGUGCUACCGUUACUGUGGCCACUUAUAAAUUGCAUCGCAAUCCGAAAAUUUAUGAAAACCCCAGCAUUUUCAAUCCAGAUAAUUUUUUGCCGGAACGUCAAGCCAAUAGGCAUUACUAUGCUUUUGUGCCGUUCUCAGCGGGUCCGCGGAGUUGUGUUGGUCGCAAAUACGCCAUGCUCAAACUGAAAAUACUUCUAUCCACCAUUCUACGAAACUAUCGUGUCCACUCCGAUUUGACCGAGGCCGAUUUUAAGCUUCAAGCCGAUAUUAUAUUGAAACGUGAAGAGGGCUUCCGUGUACGCUUACAGCCGAGGCAGCCCAAACCCAAGGCAAAAGCAACAUAGAUGGCAUUAAGUCGUCUAUUUCUUUUAUAAUUCUGCUAGGUUUUGGAUUUACAUACAUACAUACAUACACACAUUGAAUUACAUAUACAUA